AACUGGCGGGCGCUGCAGGAGGUGCGGGGCCGGGCCUGGCUCUCUCCUGGUGUGCUGAAACAGAAGGCGGCCGGCUUGGCGAAGUCCCUCCCGGCCCCCGAAACGUCUCCCAAGCCGCGGCGCGCGACAAAAGACGUCGAAGGGAUUCCAGCCGUCAAUGGCAGCGGGAACACGGUAAAAUUCAAGCCUGUAAACCGGACGGAGGGUGGUCCUGGCCAAGCGGGAGCUUCUCCGACGAAUAUGAAAUCGGAGAGAACUGCGCCGGGCGAGAGCCUGGGCGAUGCCCGAAGCAACAGAAAAGAGUUCAAGGCAAAAAGGAAAAACGGCAAUAGCGAGACGAAGCAGGGGGACAUAAAGCAUAAGAAGAGGAAAAGGGAUGAGCGCGCAGAACAGCCGCCAACAGAGGAUGACAUCUGGUUUGAUGGAGUUGAUCCAGAGGAUAUUGAAGCAGCAAUAGGACCUGAAGCAGCAGAAGUUGCUAGAAGAAAAAUGGGACUUGAAAGCACGUCCAAGCCAACUGUGGAACAGGUGCUGGUUAAAGAAAAGGCUUUCAGUGGACUCACAAAAGCUGUAGCCAUGGACUGUGAAAUGAUAGGAGUGGGGCCCCAGGGGGAAGACAGCAUUGUGGCUCGUGUGUCAAUCGUGAACCAGUUUGGAAAGUGCGUUUACGACAAAUAUGUCAAGCCUACAGAAAAGGUGACUGAUUACAGGACAGAAGUUAGCGGGAUACGGCCUGAGGACACAAAGAAGGGAGAAGACUUUAAAAAAAUUCAGGAGGAGGUGGCUGACAUCUUGAGAGGAAGGAUUUUAGUUGGACAUGCUGUCCACAAUGACUUAAAGAUCCUGUUUCUUGACCAUCCUAAGAAGAAAAUUCGGGACACGCAAAGAUACAAACCUUUCAAACAGAAAGUCAAAAGUGGACGCCCAUCACUGAAACUGCUUUGUGAGAAACUGCUGAAUGUGAAAGUGCAGACAUCAGAGCAUUGUUCGAUUCAGGAUGCACAAGCAGCUAUGAGGCUGUACACACUUGAGAAAAAGCAGUGGGAAGCAGCUAUCAAGGAAAAAACCAAACCUAAGAAAAAUGAAACUCUUUAGUCACUCAGAGAAAGCAGUCUGAAAUGGACAGUGGCUACUUUUUUCCAUAUAUGCAAGAACAAGGCUUUCAAAGGGAAUGUUUCAUAAAGGCACCGUGAGCUGGAGGUUGCAAACUUGGAGAUCUUCAUCCACUGCAGUGAUUUCCUCCACAGGCACUGCGGGAAGCCCUUGUGUACUCUGCUUCCUUUUUCUGCUAGUACAGUGUAUCAUUGUAUUUAUUUUCCUUUCUUACUUGAAACUUUGGCAACACAAGAUCCUCCCACCCUGGGGCCUGCUUCUGAGAAACCAGGUUAUCUACUGCUUCCUCUCCCUCCUGUAUGUGGUGGUAUACCUAUUGUUUUUAGCCAUCUAAGCUCUGCAUACAGUUAAUAUGCCCUGGAAGGCAUUAAUUCCUCAACUGAAAGACAGUGCUGCUCCAAGCCUUAGCUGGAAGUAAAUUAGAAACUCACCACUCAGCUCUAAGUAUUUUUUUUUUUUAUUUAGAUUUCCAAGGAGAAUGACAUUUACUUUUGGCUUUUAAGUAAUUAGGAGCAAUACCAUUUACUACACCCCCAAUCUCACUCUUUCUUCUGCCACCUUGACCAGAAGAAUCUAAGCAGCCUGUUGUAUGGUUCCUGUACUUGUCCAGCUCUAAGGUGAAUAAAACUCAAAAGAUGAACAUUUGUAGUGUAACUGCCCUCAGCAUCAUAAAAUUUGUGGCCAGCCUGCAAAUACCUGAUGUGUUUUAAAAGUUUCUGUCGCCUGUGAAGACAGGCUAGAAAACUAACUUGACAGCGUUCAGUAAGUACACAUGGUAAUUACAGGAGGAAGAAAGGAGUGAAGUGCUGUAUGCUUUCCCAAGGAUCAGUUAUUUCAUUCAGAACAUGUAUAUAGUAUAUAGUAAACGAAUAGCUAUGGCAAUCCAUUAUGGUGAAUCCUCUGUGAGCUGGUUAGUCAAUACUAACCUUACAGAGGAGCCAUUAUACUUCAGAUGCUAUAGAUUAUUAAUUACAUGAAGUUUAGGCCUUAGUUCGUUACUUUCAUUUUUAUUCAUAUUUUAUACAUAAAAUAAGGAAUUUUAAAUCCACAAAGUAAAGCAGGUCAUCAAAAUCCUAUCAUUGUCCAGAUUGUGGUAACUGGUAGUCAAUUUGGUGGCCAACUGGAGAGAAUACUUCAAGGAAGAUUGUUUGAUAGCUGUAUGAUACAGGCCGUAUCUCUCUUUGGGGAGAAAAAUGUGUUGACAUGCAUCUGAAAGACAUGACCGUUUCUACCUGAAUAGAAAUAAGAUGUGAAGACUUCUUAUAGAGCAGCUUUUACCUUCUGUAAUUUCAAAAGUGUUGUAUCUGCAAGAGUAAUUAUCUCCUGAGGAGAAAAAUGGAGAGAAGCAUCAGUUAUAACUACUCUGUUUUAUUAAUAAACUAUGGGAACAACUGAUUAUAUCGACCAGGGAUGGGGAACAUCUGGCCCGCAGGUCGGAUCUGGUCAGCUGAGGACUCCCUUUCCCAGCUGCCCUUGCCCGCAUGGCUUAUGCUGGUCUCCAUGGAGACCUGAGCCUCAGCUACACCAUGCAGUGGGCUGCCCCGGAGCUGCUGGGAUCUUGUGGCAGGGGCAGUUUGCUCUGGAGCCAGGGCAGAGCUGUGAUCAUGGCUCUGCCCUGGCCCCAACCAAGCUAUUGCUGCUAUAAGGAGCCAGGGCAGAGCCACAAUCCCCUGCAUGCAUGCCCCUGCCCAGAGUGUGCAGACUACAAACAGUGGCUCUGUCAUCUGCCCUGGCUCUGGACCAAACUGCCCCCACCACAAGAUCCCAGCAGCUCCGGGGCAGCCCCCUGUGCUGCUCUGCUGCACG